UCCAGAAUUCAGAGUGAUUCAGUAAACGUUCAACGGUCGUGGAUAACGUGCAAAAACAUGACCGUGGAAAAGCAGAGUCCGUUCCUGUCCGGUGGACCGACCCGCCGGGACCGUCUCCCCGUGUUGGUCGGGCCGCUGGUCGGCGUCCUGGCCGCCCUGGUGUGCGGGAUCAGCGUGCUGACGGGGGUGGUGGUGGUGCACAACAUGCAGCAGGAGCUGACCGCUGCUAGAGAACGUCUGGCUGUUCUGGAGAACCUCCAUGGCUUUGUCGGCGAGGACGUGGCCGACGACCUGUCUGAGAACGGCGGUUUGAUGACGCCAGACGACGGGGACCAUGGUUCCGUGCGAGUGAAGAGAGACGGAGCUGUGCUGAGCGGGAUUUGCCAGCAGGGACCGCCUGGUCCCGCGGGAAGGGACGGGGUAGCCGGGCGGGACGGACGGGACGGAGUCCAAGGACCGGCCGGACCGAGCGGACCGGUCGGCUUACGGGGUCCAGCCGGGAACAGAGGAGACACAGGACCGCCCGGAAGAGACGGGGCGCCAGGCGCAGGAGGAAGUGUGUACAUCCGAUGGGGGAGGAAGACUUGUGCUAAUAACACCGGAGCAGAGUUGGUGUACUCGGGUGUGGCUGGAGGCACACAUUACACUCAGCCAGGCGGCGGGACCAACUACCAGUGUCUGCCGACCAACCCACAGUGGGGACUGUACCAAGAUGGAGUCCAGGGGUGGAAGGCUUACAUGUACGGCGCUGAGUACGAGUUGAACACAAACGUCCCGUUCGGCUCCACCUCCCUUAACGAUGACAACGUCCCGUGUGCGGUCUGCUACGUCCCAACCCGCGGCAGUAAGUUAAUGAUCCCCGCCCGUAACACCUGUUAUAGCGGCUGGACCCGCGAGUACCGUGGCUACCUCAUGGCUUCACACUACAGCCACGCCGGGUCUAAAGAGUACGUCUGUGUGGAUGAACAGCCUGAGGCCGUACCUGGCGGACACGCCAACCAUGACGGAGCGCUGUUCUACCCCGUGGAAGCCGGCUGUGGGUCCCUUCCGUGUCCCCGCUACGUGAACGGGAGGGAACUCACCUGUGUCGUCUGCACAAAGUAGACCAUUUAUUCUGCCAUUGAUAACGCGUUAUUUCUUCCAAUGAACCACACAACUCAUCCGAUGUGUACUUGUUGAGCAAAACAGACCAAAGCCUCGGUCACAACCCGCCGUGCGUGUUUUUUGUCCGUACGUUUUAUUGGGAGGCCACGUCUGCUACGUUUUUCUGAAAACGUAGGGAAGGACUGGCAUGAGCAGUUCGUCAACGCACGUCAAUGGCACGUUUGCGCAAGGUGUACGUAUGUGGUCUGCGCGCCACGCCUGGUCGUGAGCGGUUGCGUGC